GGUGUCUUUAAGUACUAUGUACUUUUAAAUUAAACAUUUAAAUUCAUCUUUUUAUUAUUGUGUACAUACAUGUUUUUACUAAAUUAAUUUUGUUUCAAUUUUUCAAUUUUAAGUUUUAGUUUUAUGACAUGUAGAUCUGCUACGGCCCUUUUAAAGGGUCCUGGGGACGUUUGAAUCUCCUGUUUCUUACUUGUUUGCCUUCCCUUGACCUUUAGUGUAAUCUGACGUCGUAACUGAGUUAGUUUAAUCUUGUUUUCAAUCUAACUGCUCCCAUUACAGAUUGCUGGUCUCCUGUUGACUUCCAGCACCUUACACGGUCGAAUCCUGUAAUGUGAUCGGGCAGGUAAAAUCCCUCCUGGGGUGAAACAGGAUUCACAGCCUUAAACCGCACGAACACAUACACUCAUGUGCACACAUUUUCCAUAUGAGGUUGCAUCAUAUGCGUCAUGUUUUAAAUCUGUAUUAUGCCUUUGUAUACAAAUAUGCAAAGCCCUGAGAUACAACCAAUGCAUUAAGAGUAUAGAUGAUUGCUAACAUGAUUUUUUUUUUUUUUUACCCACAGACAUCAUGAACAGUAACCUGUGUAGUUAUGUGCUGAGUCACUGGCUUUGUUUUGUUUUUGAGACUCAUCGUUCACAGUAUAAUUUACCCUCAGUCGCUCAACUCUGACCCCGUCUAACAAUAAUCAGCAUGCAUUUUUCAUCAGCCUUGGCAACUGCUAUCUAUUACAGCCGAACCACUCUUCAUAAACUUCCUGAGCAGCACCGUUAGACACCAGCUAAAGGUUUAGACUGAAUACAAACAGAUGCAAUGCUAUUGAAAUAGAGCAAGUGAAGGACAAGAGAACAACACUGAGACACAAUGAAACACGGCGAGAAUCUCAGAGGAAUGAAUGGAUGGUGGAUGCAGCGAGCGGCACCUCUGCUGUUGUUCUUUUGACAAUCCUCCAAGGUUUUUGGACUUUCAUUACUGCUUGGGUUUCCAAGUGUCAUCUAUUGCUGGAGGCACUAGAAGAAUGGCCUCAUUUCUGUAAAUGCAUGAGCUGACACUCCUGACACAAAUAUGGCUUUUGCCCAGGGUUUCUACAAAAUCAGCCCGGCAAAAGACAACCAGGAGCCUCUGCAGCCCUUCCCAACAUGUCCUCAUACGUCCACUGGGUUUCCUCCAGAUCUGCUGUCCACCUGCCCGAAGCUUUUAAACACGGCUCUUCCUCUGCUCACAGUUCCAGUAAUGAUGGACACGCCGCUCACCUUGAUACCUGGAACUACAUUGAAAGGCCCGGUUCCCCAGAAUCCCACAGAUGUGGCUCCUCAGCCGGCAGACCUCCCUCUAUAUGGAACAGGAAGCGCCUCUAUACCAUUUCCUCUCCAUCCUGUGACACUGUACACAUCCACACAUCCACAGAUCUCUCCUGGUUGUGUCCAGCUACUGGGAGUCUCUGAAUUGGCUCCCUACACACUAUCAACACUCAUGCCACAUCUGCCCCGAUUAUCACCUCCUGAGAGCGACUCCUCUCCCCUCACAGACACUAAAGCCACAUCGAAAGAAGAAGAGAUCACCUUACAAGAGGGAGGCAUUAACAUUAGUGUUUCUAAGAACUCCUCUACAGAUGAGGCAGAUGUCUCUGGGUUCAGACUCUGUCCAUCAUGUCCAUCACGUCUGGCGUUAAUUACAACCCUCAUCCCCACCUUCAUCAUCCUCACCGUCUGCAUUGCCAUUAUAGUGAAGUUUGUGUGCUUCCCAACCAAAGUGCGAGACCCUGCUGGCAGCUCACAGAACUGCACCAUCACACCAACGCCCUUCUAUUCGGUCAAAUAUCCAGCCAACUCCACCAUCAGCAUUCCCUCAAAUUGCUCCACCACAAUGAAUGCUGGGUCUCGUGGUAUGCGUAUUGUCGGGGGUACGGAGGCUGCGAAGGACCAGUGGGGGUGGCAGACCAGUUUACACUGGCGGGGCAGACACGUGUGUGGAGGAGCCAUCAUUACCCCUCACUGGGUCGUCACUGCCGCACACUGCUUUGUACAAUAUGACAUGAUGCUGGAGUCUGAUUGGAUCGUGGUGGUUGAUACUAUAAGUGUCUCAGAUUCGUCUCAGGGCAAACGUUACAACACGCUGCAAAUACACCCGCACCCACAAUACUCAGAGAGCAACAACGACUACGACCUGUGUCUGCUGCGCACGCAGACUGAGAUGAAGAUGGGAGAUGGAGUGAGACCCGUGUGUUUACCGCGUCUGAGUGAGUCUUUUCCUUCUGAUUCGCCCUGCUGGGUAACAGGUUGGGGUUACACUCAUGAAGGAGGGUCGGUGUCUUCACACUUGAGACAGGCUUUAGUUCAGGUGAUCGAUCAGUCCAUAUGCUUACGGCCCUACGUGUACGGCUCCCAACUCACUCCCAGAAUGCUUUGUGCUGGCGUUAUGGAGGGAGGAGUGGACUCCUGUCAGGGUGACAGCGGAGGUCCUCUAGUGUGUCAAACGGAAGCAGGUGAUUGGAGGUUGGCUGGUGUGGUGAGCUGGGGAGAUGGAUGUGGAAGACGCAAUAAACCAGGCGUCUACACCAGAAUCACUCAGCUUCUGCAGUGGCUGGAUCAACACAUCAGUGUGAAAGCAAACAACACCAAUGGACAAAAAUGAAGAGGCAUUCUCGAUGGCCACCGCAAAGGAUAAUAACUUUUUAAAAAAAAAUCAGUAUUGUUAUACAAUGUCUUAAUCUUACAACAGAUAAUUGAAACAUUGACUUGAAGCGGAUAUCAUCUGUAAUAUAGGCUGCAAUAAAAGAUGAUUACAUCCAGACCGGCUCAUGUUGAUUUAAUAUGACUGUGACUGGAGUCACGCAAGCUCAGAAAGGGGUGUGUGAGGACAAUACAUACAUAAUAAUGAUGUUGGGAGAUAUGAUUGGAAUGUGAUAUGUUGUACAUUCAGCUGACUCACUCUGACAGUUCUCUCUCUUCAUGAUGAUGAUCUUGUUUCUGUAGUUUAAAUCUGAAUCUGAUCACGUACCUGCUCAUUCACCCAUACUGGAAACUGUGGACAGAGACCUGAAGCUCAUUAAUGAACUGGAACUUACACUCAUAGUGGCUGGUAAACAUCUCAUUUUUCUCAUCUCAUCUUUUAAACAGCUCAUGAAUAUUAAUUAGGGAGUGCUGUUGUUGCAAGGUAUCCAACUGGAAGCGUCUUGUAAUUGACCCUCAGAGACUCAUUGAUAUUUUUGUGCCUACGUGACUCCAGACACUCUGUGUUUCAUGAUCAUUGAAUAUUCUUGUGCAUCACCAACAUCUCUACAAAGAACCUGAAAGUGCAGGUUUAGAGGCUGACUGCUUUGACCUUUACAAGCAUCUUUUCUGACUGAACCCUGCAGUGAGCUCUGCGAUCCGGCUGUGGAGCUGCAGGGCACCGGUUAUAGAUCACAGAAGCGCCGCACUCAGUCACCGCCGCCCGCCGUCAGUGAGAUUCUACAGCGGAGUGAGGGAGUCCGGAGCGCC